GUUUCUGGAAAUCACAGCCGGGUACUUUGGUGACGUCAAGACGGAAAGUACACAUUCUCACGGUCCCAAAUGCGUUGAACCAAAAAGAAAACAAACGCAGUCACACCGAGUAAAACGGCUCAUGACAUUCACAUAGAAACAAAAAGUAAGUUUCACCAUUGGCUUUGGCGACGGGGGCGUCCGCUCAAACGUCCACGGACGGGCUUCGAAGCCUUUAAUGCUAGCCAUCGGGCGCCGUCUAUUUCCUGGAAUGCGGUGGUCCUUGUUAAACUGUUGACGUAGCUAGCACGUUAGCUGCCUGUGUGACAGUUGGCCUAUUUAGCCAACCAUAAUUAUUAAAUGGUGUGGGAUUUCAAGCGUUUCAACACGUUAUUUUGACAUCGGUGUUGUUAAAAUAUCAGCGCAAGCGGACAUUAGCUCGGCAGGUGUUCCAGGAUUUAACUUAACUUCGGCUUCACAACGAUGGAGAAACCUCCCUUCAGGCAGAACCAGAACUGCGGGGACUGGGAGCUGAAGGAGAGGUUGGGGAUGGGCGGAUUUGGCCAUGUUUACCUUUACCAGCAUCACAAAACGAAUGAAAAACUAGCUGUGAAGAUGUGCCGUCUGGAGUUGACACCAAGGAACAAGGACAGAUGGAGCAGAGAAAUCCAGAUCAUGAAAAAGUUGAAUCACAUCAAUGUCGUGUCGGCCCAAGACGUCCCGGAGGAAAUGAGGCACAUCGCUUUAAAUGAUCUUCCGCUCUUGGCCAUGGAGUACUGCUCCAGGGGAGACCUGAGGAAGAUUCUGAGCAAACCUGAGAACUGCUGUGGAUUGAAAGAGAGUGAAGUGCUUUCGUUACUCAAUGAUGUUGGAUCUGGUAUCCAGUAUCUUCACGAAAACAAGAUCAUACACAGAGACCUUAAACCAGAAAACAUAGUGCUACAAGAUAUCAACGGAAAGCUGGUUCACAAAAUCAUUGACUUGGGCUAUGCUAAAGACCUGGACCAGGACAGUCUGUGUACCUCCUUCGUUGGCACGCUUCAGUACCUGGCCCCUGAGCUGUUUGAGAACCACCCGUACACCGUCACCGUGGACUACUGGAGCUUUGGCACGAUGAUGUUUGAAUGCAUUUGUGGUUUCCGUCCGUUCUUGCACAACCUUCAGCCUGUGCAGUGGGCCACUAAAGUGAAGAAUAAAGGUCCCCGAGACAUCACGGCUGUGGAGGAACCGAACGGAGAAGUGACGUUCUCCACACAUCUCCCCUACCCCAACAAUCUCAGCAGUACCAUGUUGGGUCCCAUCGAGAAACUGCUGCAGCUGAUGUUAAGAUGGGACCCCUUCCACAGAGGGGGUCCAGUCAACCGGGAAACCAAGAGGCCGUCUUGCUUUGAGCAGCUGGAGCUGAUACUGAGUAUGAAGGUCGUCCACAUCCUGAACAUGACCACGGCUCAGGUCCACUCCUUCCAGCUGGAUCCGGAGGAGAGUCUGCACAGUUUACAGAAGCGCAUCGAAGCCGAGACCAGGAUCGAGGUGGUGAACCAGGAGCUGCUGCAGGAGACGGGGGUGUCGCUGGACCCCCGGAAGCCCGCUGCGCAGUGUGUCCUCGACGGAGUGAGAGGCUGGGACAGCUACAUCGUCUACCUGUUUGAUAAGAGCAUCAACAAGUACUCCGGACCCCUCAGUGCCAGAAAGCUGCCCGAUAAAGUCAACAUGAUUGUGCAAGAGGCCAAGACGGAGCUGCCCCUGGUGGCGCUGAAGAUGGUUUGGGGUGAAGCCGUGAGCUACAUCUGUGGACUGAAGGACGACUACAGCCGUCUUUUCCAAGGACAGAGGGCCGCUAUGGUAAGUCUCCCGCGCUACAACACCAACCUGAACAGGUGUAAGAACAGCAUGUUCGGCUUCUCUCAGCAGCUGAAGGCCAAGCUGGACUUCUUUAAGAGCAGCCUCCCGUACGACCUGGAGAAGUACAGCGAUCAGAUGCACUACGGCAUAUCCUCUGAGAAGAUGCUGAAAGCCUGGCAGGAGAAUGAAGAGCGAGCUGCUGCUUUCGCACAGGUGGCAGAGGUGAGCCACCUGGAUGAUGAGAUCAUGGCUCUGCACUCUGAGAUAGUGGAGCUUCAGAGGAGCCCCUACGCCCGACGCCAAGGAGACAAGAUGGAGCAGCUAGAAGAAAAGGCGAUUGAACUCUACAAGCAAAUGAAGAUGAAAUGCAAAACACCGGAGCCGGAUGUGAGCAGUGACAGCUCUCAGAUGGUGAUGGCCAUCAUCCAGACGGUCCAGAACCAGGACAAGGUCCUCAAAGACCUGUACACGCACCUGAGCAAGAUCCUGAUCAGCAAGCAGAAGAUCAUCGAUCUGUUCCCGCGCAUCGAGAAGACCUUGGAGAGCAUCAAGGACGCCGACAACACUGUGAUGCAGAUGCAGAUCAAGAGACAGAGAGAGUUCUGGCACCUGCUGAAGAUCGCCUGCGCUCAGAACUUGACACGCAACUCGAUAGCAGCGAGUCCCGAAUCCUCCAACCUGCUGCAGGUGUCUCAGUGGUCCCAGUCGGCUCAGCCGGUCAGCUCCCCGCACCCCCUCACCUCCCUGCCUGGACCGAACGACAGUGACGCCGCACCACGUCUGCUGCAGGAGAACGAGAGGUACCUCUGUCAGCUGACCAGCCUGAUGCAAGAAGCCACUGACGAACAGACCAAAAGCAUCGUGGAGCAGGACUGGAGCUGGACCAAAUACGAAACCCUCACGACCAAGUUAAAGAAGAGAAAUCCAUGAGUAACACUAUCACUGAGAGCCCCUGCCAACAACGCCACUGGAGGCGGAGCUUACGCCGUCGCCGCUCCGCUCUCAUCGCCUCACCUCGGGGAGGGUCUGAGGAAUAUCCUUGUUUUCAUUUUGCUGCACAACAUAGAGCAUAAAAGUUCAUAAUAUCUGAGGAUAUUCGUUAUUACUGUAAAUGCAAAAAAAAAGAGCAGACUGUAGCACCGGAUGUGAGGGUUUGAGGUGGAGACACACAGACAUGGAAACGAGUUCUCCCGUGUGACGUAAGCGGAAAACACAGGAAGUGACCGGGAGGGAGGGGGGGGGGGCGGCAAACAGCACUUUGAUACUCCCACGUAUCCUGUUUUUAUCGCUCAUAAUCCUUUUGAAAUAUUUCACGUUACCCAGACUGAGGUUUUGAUUCUAUUCCGAUCUGUUUAUUAUAAAGCGUUGUGUGUCGUAGGGGGAGGAGUCUCAUGUCGUGGUAUCAGUGACAUCACUUUAUACAACAGUCCAAAGUUCUGUCCACCGAGCGGCUUCGCGCUGCGCUCGUGUCACAAAAGGUGCAGACUUCCUCCUUCUGUUCAUAAACAUGUUUACAGAGCGUCGCUUUGACUUCGGGGAGAAAGAGAGCUCCUGUCAGGCGACGUCGGACCACCACAGAAGAAGAAGAAGCGGCCGGUAAAAGAGCGAAAGAAAAUGUACAGCAAAAAAAAAAAUGUAAAAUCGGCCCAGAGAACCAGAGACGAGCUGAAUCAUUUUAAAUUAUCCAACAGUCUCAGACCCAAAGAUACAAAAAUUAAAAUGAUACCAAACCUGGAAUGAAUUACAUUUGAGCUUUUUCGUUUUAAUAAGUAAAAUAACUCGUAACUUACUCUUCAUUCCUUUUAAUCAUCUAUCUAUGACAUGAACGUGGCAUCGCAUGUGACAAUCGAAUGUGUCCAUUGGUUCACAGUAAAGUCAAUGGAUAUCAGCUGGUGAGCGAACCGAGGGGUCACAGUUGUAUUUAUUAAGUGCAAUGGGAAAGGUUUGUUGUUCUUUUUUGUAUUUAAAUAACUCGAUUUGUGGGGUUCUCUUUGCAGUUUGUUUCCAUCUCAUGGUUUAACUUUGUCAAUGUUUAAUUUUUAAGAUAUCACAGUGGAGAUCAAAUGUUUGCCUGGUAAUAAAAUAAAAUGACUUUGGCAUGA